AAAAAACUAAUGCAUAAAAGCAAUUUCACCUCCAAGCCCAAAGCCCGUCAUCACACCAAGCUCCCCAAUUUCCCAUCUGCGAUGCCAAAAAAUAUCACCUUUUUCUUGCUUCUCCUCUCCCUUGUCCUGCCCGCCGCCUCCCAGCAAGACGGGUUCAGUUACAUCGGCUUCAGCCGCGGUGAUGCCAACAGCAGCAACAUCAGCCUGAAUGGAGUUGCGGAGAUCGAAGACAGCGGGAUCCUGCGGCUGACGAACGAGACGAGCCGGCUCAUUGGCCACGCCUUCUACCCCGACCGACUUCAAUUCAAGAACGCCACCGACGGCGCCGCCUUUUCCUUCUCCACCGCCUUCGCCUUCGCCGCCGUCCCCGAGUACACCACUCUCGGUGGCCACGGCCUCGCCUUCGUCAUCGCUCCCUCCAAGGAGCUUCAAGGAGCUCUGCCCAGCCAGUACCUCGGCCUCCUCAACGCCAGCGACGUCGGCAACUUCUCCAACCACGUCUUCGCCGUGGAGUUCGACACCGUCCAGGAUUUCGAGUUCGGCGACAUCAACGACAACCACGUCGGGAUCGACAUCAACAACCUGGUCUCCAACAUCUCCACCGCCGUCGCCUAUUACGGCAACGAUGGCAAGAAGAACAAUAUUAGCAUCAAGGCCGGGCACACGCUUCAAGCGUGGGUGGACUACGACGGCGUGGGCAAGGUCCUCAAUGUCACGGUUUCCCCUUUCUCCUCCAAACCUCCAAGGCCGCUCCUUUCCUUUCCCGUCGACUUGUCUACGAUUCUUCAUGACCAGAUGUUUGUAGGCUUCUCCGCCUCCACCGGGUUGCUCUCUAGCUCUCAUUACCUCCUCGGUUGGAACUUCAAGAUGAACGGCAUCGCCCGGUCCUUGGAUCUCGCCUCCCUCCCCGCCCUCCCUCAACCCAAAAAGAAGGAUCCCACCUUUGUCAUCGCCAUCUCGGCCACCUCCGUCGCCGUCCUCAUCGCCAUCAUCGUCGCUGCCGUUUACCUUUUCUACAAGAUCAAGAACGCAGACGUCAUCGAGCCCUGGGAGCUGGAGAUGGGCCCGCACCGAUUCUCCUACAGCGAGCUGAAAAGCGCCACCAAGGGCUUCCGGGACCGGGAGCUCCUGGGCUUCGGCGGCUUCGGGAAGGUCUACAAGGGGACCCUCCCCGUCUCCCGCGCGGAGGUCGCGGUCAAGCGGGUCUCCCACGAGUCGAGACAGGGGAUCCGCGAGUUCGUGGCGGAGAUCGGCAGUAUCGGGCAGCUCCGCCACCGGAAUCUGGUCCAGCUCCAGGGCUGGUGCCGGCGGCGGGCGGACCUCCUCCUGGUCUACGACUACAUGCCAAACGGGAGCUUGGACAAAUUCCUAUUCUUCGACGAUGAAUCCCGGCCUUCGAAGACCCUGCUCUUGUGGGCCCAGCGGUUCCGGAUCCUCCGCGGCGUGGCCUCCGCUCUGCUCUACCUUCACGAAGAGUGGGAGCACGUGGUGAUCCACCGCGACAUAAAGGCCAGCAACGUCCUCCUCGACGCCGAUUUGAACGGCCGGCUGGGUGACUUCGGGCUGGCCAAGCUCUACGAGCACGGAGCCAACCCGAGUACUACCCGGGUGGUGGGCACCCUGGGUUACCUGGCCCCCGAGCUCACCCGGACCGGUAAGGCCACCACCAGCUCCGACGUAUUCGCCUUCGGCGCCCUGGUCCUCGAGGUCGUAUGCGGCCGCCGCCCCAUCGACCACAAGGCGACGCCGGAGGAGCUCAUCCUGGUGGACUGGGUGUGGGAGCGGUGGAGCUCCGGGAGGUGGACCGACGUGGUGGACCCCAGUCUUGGCGGUAACUACGACAGGGAGGAGGUGGAGGUGGCCAUCAAGGUGGGGCUCAUGUGCUCCCACCCGGCGGCGGCGGCGCGGCCCACCAUGAGGGAGGCGGUGCGGUACCUGGACGGUGGGGACGCUGUGGAGGUGCCGGAGCCGCCCAGCCCGCCGAUGGGCUUGGAGGGGAAUAGCCAAGCCGGGUUCGACGAUUUCGUGCACUCGUACCCCUCCUCAUCCUUCGAUAAACUCUCCCCGUGUUCGAUAACUCCCACCAGAGAUGCGGCCGUUUCAGCGGGCCACGGGAAAGUGGGGCCCUUGGCCCACUCCACGUUUUCACGUCUCUCACGUGUGAGCGUGUGAGAUGUGGAGAUUCGGUUGAAGUGUUAUCAGGCGCUGGGACACCAUUACAUUACAUCAAGGUGCAGAAAAGGAUUUUAAUGUUGGCACGCAUCACGAAAUGCAUAUGAUUUUCCUUUUUUUUUAAAAAAAAUUUUCCUUGGUCAUGGACGAAGUUGACUGGUCAACGAGUUAAAUUUCAAGCUGUUGGUGAGCCGAAACCGAGCGCAUGUGUAACGAAAGCCGUGGGUCUAAUCGAUACCCGUUGGCCGUGUGAUGAGCUGUUGUUGUUUUAUCGUUAGCCAUGGUCAGAUAUACGUUCCAAAAGUUAGAAUUGGUCGAUAUUUAUAAAAAUUUUUUAAAAUAUAUUUUGUAAGAUUAAAUUUUAUAUUAAUAUAAUUUAAAUUUUUAUCUAUUUAUAUCUGUAUUUAUUAUGUCUGUGUAUUGUCCAUUGAGUUAAUAAGUAUGAUAACACAUUUUUCAAAAAUUGAGAAUUUGAGAUAUGUAUUAUCAUUACUUAACU